CAAUGUAGUUUUUGUUUAACAAUUUGCAGACUGCCAUGUUUAAUGUAAGACUACAAUAUCCAGCAUGCAAUGGGACUGACUUGUGUAGAAGUCGGGAGUUACCAAAUUUUGGGGUCUGUAUUCUCGCAUUUUCCGGUGACUUUCCUCAGUUUUAGACAAUUUUGGGGCUAGCCACUAAAAUGUCUAGAGGUUAAAUUGUUUUAGCAAUAUUUAUUGAAAUUGUAUAUGUAUUCUGGCCUCAUGGGGCCACUAUACCUCCUGAGCCCCCCUCUGUAGUUACACCCCUGUUGAAGGGGGCGUAUCUUUCCCAUUUUGCUUCACGGAUAAAUGUGUCGUAUUUUCUUCACAUGUAUUCAUUUAUUUUUUAGACUUUUUUUUUUCACUGCACGUGUUAUAUUUGGCUACUUUUGAAGUGCCUCUUCUUGGCUAGAUUUGGGCCGCUUUUGAAAAUUAGGCAACCCUGUUUGAGGCUUUGGGCUGGAGCUACAACAGCAGGCCAGGGCGUACAUUGUGUAGUUAUAUCAUAUUCACAGCGCAGGAUUACGCUUCUUUAGUUACGUGAUGUGCGUGAAUAGUGUAGUCCUUACUGCAGGAGGCGGAGGAUAUAUCCUUUUGGCCCAUGCCUCUUGUUCUCUUUGAUCCCGCCCCUGCUCUUCAGGUGAGGUCAACCGCAGUCGGAAGAAGAAGGGGGUGGGUAACAAAAAAGUGACAGAUCUGGGGUUAAAAAAACAAUAAAGGAAGCGACUGCGAUCAUGGCCGAGAAGGAGAACGAGCUGUGCGAGAGUCUAAUUAUCUGGCUGCAAACAUUCAACACUGUUGCUCCUUGUCAAACUAUCCAGGACCUGACCAAUGGUGUUACCAUGGCACAGAUACUGCAUGAGAUAGAUUACACUUGGUUUGAUGAGGGUUGGCUUUCUCGCAUUAAAGAUGAUGUAGGGGACAAUAAAAGAAUUAAGAUCAAUAAUCUAAAGAAGAUUCUACAAGGUAUUGUUGAUUAUUACCAUGAGUUCCUAGACCAGCAUAUUUCAGAAUACCUCCUUCCAAAUCUAAAUCAAAUUGCAGACCAUUCAGAUGCAACAGAAAUGGGCAGAUUACUUCAGCUGAUAUUGGGGUGUGCUGUUAACUGUGAAAAGAAACAAGAACACAUUCAGGUCAUUAUGACACUGGAAGAGUCAGUUCAGCAUGUUGUCAUGACUGCUAUUCAAGAGUUAAUGAGUAAGGAAACUUUGGAAUCUCCUACGGCUGAUCUAUCAGGAGACCUGGAAAGCCAGCUAAGGAGGACAAUUGAUGCACUACAUGAAGCACAGGCAGAAAAAGAAGAGCUAAAGCAACGUUGUGAAGAGCUUGACUUACAGGUGGCUGCUCUCCAGGAUGAAAGAAACUGUUUAAUUGCUGAAAAUGAACUUCAGAAUGAAAGACUCGAUCAGCUGGAUACAUUUGACGAACCAAGCCCCGUGGUGUCAAAGAAAUAUUCCCAAAUGCAAAUACACUUGGAGCAGAUGAAAGACGAUAACUACAGACUUGAAGCUGCAAAAGAAGACUAUCGGAUUCACUGUGAGGAACUAGAAAAACAGUUGGUUGAAACACAAAAUAGAAAUGUGGAACUGGCCAGUCUUGCUGAAGAAUCAAGAGCUUUGAAAGAUGAAAUAGAUAUUCUAAGAGCUACUACAGAUAAAGCAUCAAAGUUAGAAUCAACAGUGGAGACUUAUCGAAAGAAACUGGAGGAUCUUGCUGAUAUGCGCAGACAAGUGAAAUCUCUGGAGGAUACUAAUUUAGUGUACAUGCAUAAUAUUGUAAGCUUGGAAGAGGAAUUAAAGAAAGCAAAUGCUGCUCGUGUGCAGUUAGAAAGUUACAAAAGGCAGGUUCAAGAGCUUCACAACAAGCUUUCUUUGGAGUCUAAGCGAGCAGAUACAUUGGCCUAUGAGAUGAAAAGACUUCAGGAAAAGCAGGAGACUGUAUUAAAGGAAAAGGAGAAGCUUUUAGUUCAAUGCACUGCUCUAAAGGAGACUAAUGAAGAGCUAAGAUGUUCAAUGAUGCAACAAGAUCAUCUCAAUCAGUCUGAUGGAGUGAUAAACAUUGACAAUCUUGCUGCAGAACUUCUACCUGCUGAAUACCGAGAAAUGUUUAUUAGGCUACAACAUGAAAAUAAGAUGCUGCGCCUACAACAAGAGGGGUCAGAGAAUCAAAAAAUUACAGAUUUGCAGUCCCAGAUGGAAGAAAAGCAGCGCAAGAUGAGUGAACUGGAAACAGAAAACAGAUUAAACAUGGAGCGUGUAGAGGAGCUGCAGUUACAAGUUGGAGAUCUACAGAAGACACUACAGAAUGAAGGCACAGAGGCUGAAACAGCAGGGUCAAGCACGUUGAAAAAAACAAUUGAAGCUCAAAUGGAAAAACUGAAGGAAGUGCAUGAAGCUAUUGAGACCAAAAAGGAACUUCUUGAGGAUCUGCAACCAGAUGCAAAUCAGAACAGUGAAAGGAUUGAAGAAUUAGAAGCAGCACUGCGCAAAAAAGAUGAGGACACGAAAGCAAUGGAAGAUCGCUAUAAGGUUUAUCUGGAGAAGGCAAAGAAUGUGAUAAAAACGUUAGAUCCAAAAUUAAACCCAGCCUCGGCGGAAAUAAUGCUACUAAGAAAGCAAUUAACUGAAAAAGACAAAAAAAUUGAGCUAUUAGAGAGUGAAUGUCAGCAAGCGAAACUGAGAGAAUACGAGGAAAAACUAAUAGUAACAGCAUGGUAUAAUAAGGGUAUAGCACACCAGAAGCUGGCCAUGGAGUCAAGGUUAUCUGGAAGAGGAGGAAUGAAUUCUGAGGCUGGUAGCCCUGCCAGGUCUUUCCUUGCCCAGCAACGCAAUGUGACCAAUGCCAUGAGAACCAUAGCUGUGACUGUACAUCCUACUGCAUCCAACUAAACAAACAAUAGAUAUAUAUAUAUAUAUUCAUACACUGAAGUGCACUUACUAGGAUUUCUAGCUUCUCUUUCUUACCAUGCAAUAAAGGUGAUGCGGGACAUCAGCUGCUUAUUUCCAAAUUCUGGGGAUUUACUUUGUUCUUGUAUUUUUGUCAUGCAACGUCAUACAAUGUUUUUAAGAAUCUGCUGACAAAGUAAGUGUGUAUGUUUUAUUGGACAAUACUUUAAAUUGCUAAAGUAAUGCAGUGUUUGUGUGUGUGUGUGUGUACACAUAUACAUAAUAUGUAUUGAUGUGUAUUUUAUAGUAUAAUACUGGCAAAGCGAUAUAUUUGAUUUGUUUUGUUUUCCAUUCAAGAAUAGUAUCACAGAAAUGUUCUCUGACAUGGUUAUUAUAAGAAAUUAGCUGAUUUGGGCCAAAUUAUUUUUCGUACAAAUGUUUUGGUUUAUGAAGCUACAAAAUAUGCUUUUUGUUAAUCAAAUUACUCUAUAAACUAUAAUGUAAGGCAAGCCUGUCUUUUGCCUAAACAAAUGUAUUAAGAUUACAUAGUGUUAAAAUAAGAAAGGGGACACUGCAUUUGGAUCCCCCCAUGCUAUUUUAGCUUUUUAUUGCAAUUCUCAGCAUGAUAGAUGUACAGUAAUUUCUCCAAAUGCAAUAUCCCCUCACAGAGCAUCUAUGAAAAUAGAUUUUCUCUCUUAAACAUGCUUUAGCAUGUGACUUGCUCAGUGUUCCUGUUAAUGCAGCUGGCUGAGUGCUACUUGCUGCUCCUUUCCUAAUAAAGGAUGGUUUACUUAGGUGUUUAUACUAAAAAAAAAAGUUCAAGACAUCUAUUUACAAAUUUCAGUAAAGAAAGGUUUUUUUUUUCUUCUAAUGUUUUCAAAUAUGUAUAUGGGUGGGGGUUCAAAUCCACAUUGUACUUGUGUUUCUAUACCUUAGGAAGAUAAAUAAUACUCCUUCAGCAUACAGCUUGUUUCUAAAAUAUAAAGGGGAAAGGAAGCUGCGGCGUUACUACUCUAAAUUGAAGUGGACAUACCCUAGUUCCUAUUGGGUCCGCUGCAUUUAUAGCAAUCUAUAAACGCUAUGGGACAGAUUUACUUUGGCGAGCUCUAGUGAUAAGCGAAAUUUCGCCAAGUUUCGACACGAAAAUGACACCAUAGACUCCAAUAGGUCAAAAAAAUUCUCAUACAUCAAAAAAUUGUCGCCUAUACAACUGUUUAGUGAAUUUUCGGCUAAUCAAAACAAGUCAGAUUCGCCCAUCACGAGUGAGCUCUAAUUUCACAAUUUGAUAAAAUUCCACCUCUCUCUAUUUAUGGGGACGUUAGAGGUCACCAUUUGAUAGAUAUGUCUCUGAAAAUCCCACAGCAAUGAAUAGAGGUGAAAUUUUACUGUGAGCUCUAAUUUCACACUUUCUGACAUCAGCCAGGCUUCUGUAAUAGCCAAACCUAACUUCUGCAUAUAAUUGGAGAUGAACCAUAACAACAAAAAUAAGUAUUUUUUUAUGGUCAGAACGCUCAAAUUGGAAAUGUGAAUUAUCCAAACUCGAUUUGAGUUUUAACUAGAAUUUAGAGAUUUAUCAUACUCUGGCCCUUUAACUCGUAUGCGACUAUUCGCCACUUAAAACCUGCCGAGUUCAUGUAUAUGACAAUGGGAGAGGGCCAGGGACCAAUUUGGCCGUUAGUAGCCUUACUGACAUUUGUUUUUUUCAGAAAAAAACUCAAAUCGAGUUUAGGCAAAUUCGAUUCUAAUUUGAUUUGAGUUGGUAAAAUUAGUCCGAGUUUUAGAUAUUCGUUUUUAUUUUAUAAAUAACCCCCCAGUCCAAUUUCGAGUAUAUUUGAAUUUCAUAGAGUUUUAAAAAACAACUCACAUGAAUUCAAAAUUGGACCUUUAAUAAAUGUGCCUAUAAGUAUAUGGAUUCCCUCAUCUUGUGGUGCCUGGCUAAAUGACCCACAAGCUAGGGGGCAUCCAGAGGGUCAGCCAUGUACCACCCACCACUCCUAAAUCCAGUGCUGCUAAACACUAUCAAUAUUGUAUUUGUGGGAGAGAGGCAGGUUGUUGUGCUUUAUUUUGUGCCUAUGGGUGCUACUCAUGGGCAGGGUGCAAAAAGGAAAAAAUGUUCCCUUGCACCAGUUUGUUAACCCGCACCCAGUAAAUAAGGCUUUUUUCCCCCUGUAUCUGCAUGCAUUUUUGAAACACAGGAAGAUUAAUUGGCUUCAGAUGAAAUUGACCUUAGUGUGUAUUUGAAAAUCAACAGGGACUAGAUUGCAAGCCCCACCAGGUCACAGUGAUUACAAAUCUCUGCAAAGCACUGUUUAGAUUUGUUUGUUAGAUUUCUGAGUUAACCCAUUUCUGUUUGUGUAUGUGACCCUUGCUUAAGAGAGGAACAGAAAGCUCACAUACAGUAAGUAGUGUGGUUGGCCCAGUGUGAUGUUUUGUUAUAAAUACCUUCAUUGCUGUAUGUGCAUCAGUACACAUGAAUAUGAAUGUGUAUCCAUAUUGCAAAUACCUGCUGUUUUAAAUGUUUUGUAUAUCCGUUUAAUCAUGAUUUCUGUAUGAAACCAUCAUACCGUUUAUUAAAGUAUUAUUUUACCUUGA